AUGGUGAAAGAACUGGGUGAUAAGGUGAAAGAGCCACUUGAUGAGUUUAAAGUUGGCGUCAUGUAUUUCAAGAAAGAAGACGACAGGCAAUGGCGAGGCGAGCAGUACGAGGAUAUCGACUCAUCCUCGGGGGAAUUUCCUAACCAAAAGGUCAAAAUGGACACCAUACUGUCCAACACGAUCGAGAAUCGCAAACUCUUUGAACGCGACGAAGAAAGCAUCAAAUAUUUCCACUUUCCGGCCAAUCACAUGGGAUGGAUCGAGACGGCGAUAACAAGAUACUAUGAAGUGAACAGAACCCCCACAGAAGAAGACCCCGAAGAGAAUGAGAACCAGUUGCUAUCUUUUGAGCACUGGCGAGGGCAGCUACAUGGUUCUGGGAUAGGAAAGGAUUUGUUCCACCUGCGGCAUAUGAGACCUCGAUGUGCCCAUGUUUCAGACCACACGGAUCACAAUGUUCCAUCUCAUAUCUCUCUCUUUCUCCCAUAUCUGCACUGGGAAACUAAUCGAAGGCGGGCAAAGAUGGUGCAAAUAGUUCAGGAGCUUGUCGAAGAUAAUAAGGUUCCUCUGAACUCCUAUCUUCUCGAGGCUGCGAGGGAGGCUCACUGUCUCCCUCAAAAGUUUGAUCCUCAGGUCUGGGAUGCCAUGGACUAUGACGCAGAUGAGCGGCUACUUCGGCAAGGCUUUUCUGAAACGAAGCAGGGUGUCGUCACGGCCGGACCACGAGGCGCGAAAUUGGGGCCUCCUCUGCACAUUCGUCGAACGCUGGACCAGUCAUAUUUCUCUGUCGUUGAAGAUACAGUAGAUAGAGAUACAGACCAAGUAGUCUAUCGACAAACAAGAGCCAGGAAAGAAAGGCAUGAAAAACAACAAGAAAAUGAAAAGGCAGCAACGAGUUCCACUAGCCUUAACACGACGUCUCCGCACACUCAGCACGUCGAGUCUACCGCCGUUUCACGUACACUUGGCACUAGAUCUGGGAGCACUACUAGCUCAGGCACAGCUGCUCAAAAGAAGAAGGAGAUGACAAAGUUAGUCGGAGUGACUCGAGUCGUCAUGGUUGACCAAUUGUGGAUGUGGAUCCUUGGAGAGGAUACAAUCGUCACAUCUUUUCCACGCCGUUGGGGGAGAAACAAGCCUGAUUCCUCCGGUGUUCAUAAGAGUCUCCGGCAGAUUCUUGGGAAGAGGAAGCGCAUUCGAUCCAUCUACCAUCUUGCCACUCUCAUCAUUGACCAAUGUUCAAAGGUAUUCUUUGACAGGACACAGCCUACGGAUGACCGCCCAGAGGUGAUGGAUCUGUUUGCUCAAGCCAUUGGGACUGUGGCUUACAACACCACAUCAGCCUACAGUCUUUUCUGGGCCAACAUCAGUCUUCAGUCGUCGAACAUGGAAAAGGAGAAAAAGCACAAGACUGCAGACGGUUUUAAAGAAUGGUUAAAACGCCACUUGGGAAUUAACCCGGAGCGGUCCAAGGGCCGUAACAGAGAUUCGUUCAGAUACCUGAACAUUAAUCCAGAGGGCGUCUUGCUGAAAGAAUCGCAGGAUAUUACUGAUGAGCUAAAUAUGAUGGAGCGUAUCUAUAAGCAGCAAUUAACUGUUGUGAAUGAGCUGCAAAAGCACAUCAAGAGCAGACACGACAAGGGUCAGAGUGUUCAAAGUGCCAAUAACUGGUCAUCCUGCACUUUAGAGGACCUGGAAGAGACAUCCAAUUUGGCGGAGAAGGUACAGAAUCGCAUUGACGAAAUAGCCGAUUUCCAAAAAGCUGUAACCCGCACGACCGAGCAGCUCCAAGCACUGCUAUCGCUUAAGCAGCAAGAAGCUAGCAUUGUUGAAGCCCGGAUUGCGCUAGAACGAGCAGACGAAAGCGUUCAGCAAGGCCGCGCCAUCAUGGCAUUCACAAUCAUCACGAUCUUUUUCCUACCGCUUGGGUUUUUCACUGGUUUCUUUGGAAUGAAUAACAGAAAUUCGACUGGUGAUGAGUGGAUGAGUAUGAGGGAACAGAUUAUGUAUAUGUUUGUGAUAUCUGCCGCCGUAAUCUCAGUCGUUCUCAUUGUGGCAUUCCGUUGGGGGUCCGACAAGCCUAACAAACGAGUCUCGUUAGACGUUGCGAUAGAUAGACACCACAAGGAGCAGGAAAACAAGCGAAAAAUCAACAGUCAAAGUAGCAAUAAUGUUACUGGGUGGUUGGACAACAGGGCUGGAGUGUCUCGCCGGCGAGGAAACCAAUCUGCUAUAUCUGAGGUGUGA